AUGGCUUCAAAUGAUUCAGGUGUUGAUUCAAGCAACGAUAGCUUUUCUACGAUAGAUAAUAGCAACAAUAACAGUGCAAAUACCUCAAUGAAUAGUCUUGGUCAAGAGGGUAGUAGCAAUCCACUGAUGGACGCACUUUGUCAAGGCGCCCAAAGUUUUGAAUCAUUUCAAUCAUCAUCACAGUCACAGGAGGGCGGCGGCGGCAGCAGUAGCUCAUCACAGAGUUUCCGACGACCGGAUCGAAAAUUUCAAUCUUCAAGACACCAAAGAUUGGCAAAAGAAUUUAACCAUCAUCAUUCAACUCGUCAUGCGUUAGUGCCGUACGUGUGCAAACUACCGAACGAAAGGAAAUUGCGGUUGGCCGCAUCGGUUUCAAAUAUAGAGCUAUUGGUUCGGCUAUUGGAUCUUGGCGUUAACCCAGACACCGCUGAUGAGCAUCUGCGAUCGCCGUUACAUUUAGCCUCGAGCCGUGGUUACAAGGACGUUGUUAAAAUUCUAUUGACACGCGGGGCCAAUCCAAACAAACAAGACUCACUUGGCAAUACCCCGUUACACUUGGCUGUUUGCUCGGCCAGCUCAUACAAUUUCAAUAUGGUCGUGCGCAUCCUAUUACAAAACGGUGCACGUGUAAACAUAUGCGACCGGACCGGUAAAACGCCAUAUGAUCUAGCGAGAAGUAAAUUGCUGUUGAUGCGUUCACGUCUGGAUGGCGGUAUAACGCCCGAAUCUGCCAAAUUGUUCGUAGAAAUGUCAAUGUUGACGGGGCUGCUGUAUAAAACAUUGACACAACAACGCAAUGACAUGGAAUUUGACGAUUUGGAAGAGCGUCUUCGCAAUCUGAGCACAAAAGAAAUCGAAGACGGUGCCGACAAUCUACUAGUUGAUGUUGCAGGUUUAACAUUAAACUGAGCUGAAUCCAACCAAAUUUUUUACGUCGUAGAUUCAUUGGUUUUUUUUUCUUUUUAAAUUGUAUUCUAUAUCGAAAAUAUAAGAUAAAUUACUUAUCAGGUUGAAUUUUUUAAGUUGUCAAAAUAUGUUUACCAUACGAUUUCGAAUUUUUCGAUUUUAUACACAUCCGCGAUAAAAAUGAAGGAAAAAAAUAAACAAAUGAUAACUUUUGUCUACCAA